UGUAGAGGCAGGAAUGGGGUUGCUAUACAGUGAUAUCCUCCUUGCCAGAUGAAUUACAAUAUUUAUAUUUGAUCGAUAAAGAAGAGGCUUGCUCCAGGAUUGUUAAACCUAUUGUGUGAGGCUGUGUUGACUUCCGGUUUAUAAAAAAGACCAUCCAGCUAACAUUCCUGUAACCAUGACAUAAAGUUGAGGGGUGAACAAUUCGAAUUGUUAAUUCUCUUAGCAUUUUCCACUAUGGCUUCAUCUUUCUCUCCUUCCUCCUCUCUUUUCUUCCAUUUAACCUUUAGUAGUAUGAUCAUAGUCUGUAUCCUUUUAAUUACAACUGCUAAUCCAGUUUUAGGGUCGUCGUAUUACAAAUCCAUCUUCAGCUUUGGAGAUUCGCUCGCUGACACCGGGAAUACUCUCUACAACAAACCAAAUGCAUAUGUUUCCAGAUUACCCUACGGAGAGACCUACUUCCAUCGAGCCACCAGUCGCUUCUCUGAUGGACGUGUAGUUCUUGAUUUCAUUGCUCAAGCUGUAGGACUGCCGCUGCUACCGCCAUAUCUUGGAAGCAGCAAUAAGGAUUUACGUCAGGGGGUGAACUUUGCCGUUGGGGGAGCUACAGCUUUGGAUUCUUCAUUUUUUGAAGAAAGAAAGAUUAAUGUUGUUACCAAUGACUCUCUUGGAGUUCAACUCGAAUGGUUCAAACAGCUUUUGCCUUCCCUUUGCAAUCCAUCUUCAGAUGAUUGCUAUGAAUAUCUCAAAACAUCUUUGAUUCUCAUGGGAGAAAUUGGUGGAAACGAUUAUAAUGGUCCAUUUUUCCAAGGAAGAGGACUAGAAGAGAUUCGUGCCGUUGUACCUGAUGUAAUCAAAGCCAUUUCUUUGGCCAUCAAGGAUUUAAUAAAGGAAGGUGCAGUGACGUUCAUGGUCCCCGGAAACUUCCCAAUUGGGUGUUCAGCAUUAUACUUAACCCUAUUCAAGAGCCCCAACAAAGAGGAUUACGAUGAGAGUGGUUGUAUCAAGUGGCUCAACGAAUUCUCAGUCUACCACAACAAAUUUCUUCAAAAAGAGUUGGCCGUCCUGAGAGAACAACACCCAAGUGUCAAGAUUAUGAAUGCUGAUUACUACAAUGUCGCCAUGAAGUUUUACCAAUCUCCUGAAUUAUUAGGGUUUAAGGGUGGAGCUCUUACGGCAUGUUGUACAUGUAAAGAUCCAUACAAUUGUAACCAAUUUUUUCAAUGUGGAAGUGUUGAUGGAAUAGUUUGUGAUGAUCCAUCAACAUAUGUCAACUGGGAUGGUAUCCACCUCACUGAAGCUGCAUACAAAUUUUUAGCGGAUGGUUUGAUGCGGGAAAAUUACCAAUUCUUCUUCCACGAAAAUGAUAUCACUACUACUACUACUGCAACCAGCCGUAAUCAAGUUCUCUAAAUAAAAUCACUUUUGUAUUCUUUAUAAAAAAGGAGGAAGGCUAUGAUGAGGAACAUCCUUUGGUCAAGCAAGGUUGACAACUUUUAGCGGAUGGUUUGUAAGUGAAAAUUCGACAAACUGAACUGGGAAAACAAAAACUGUGCUCAAGCAACACUAGAGAUGGCCGAUAGUUGUGAAAGUUGAAAAUUCUGAUAACAGGGUGUUAAUGGUGAUUAAGAUCAGAAUGAUCAACACAGGAAAACAGUAAAUCUCAUUACAGAAUAAGCUAGCUAUUAAGACAGCAUUUAUAGAUGGCCGUACAGACUAAUAACAAACACACGUUAAUACACACAUGCUGGGAACACAUGACACUAAAAAAUAAUUCACGUGAAUUGGUUAUCCUGCGACACUGGCGUUUUAUCCUGCACUGCGUCUUUAGCUUGAGUUGUAUCUUCACUUACUCUGCCAAUAUCCCCCCUCAAAUUGAUGUGUACUGAAGUGACCAUAAGUUUGGAUCUGAGCUGCUGAAACCUUGGACUAUGAAGACCUUUUGUAAA